UUUAAUUCUGAAGAUAAAAAUAAAGAUUUGCCACACAAAUCAUGGUCUACUACAAAAACCAUGAUCUACCGAGCAGAUGACUUCUGGAUUAUCGAAUUUUGAGAUAAAGGCCUAUAAUUGACAGAUCUUGAUCUAGUUGUAACAUCAAAUAAAGUGAUUCGUCGAACGUUGGGUUUAUUUUUCGACUGAUUCGUACUCCUCCGGCCUCCAGACUCUGCCUCAUCCUCGCACUCGCACUUCGCAGCGGUAACGUAUCGAGAGUUCUUGCCGUUCAGCUGCAGAUGCUAGAUGCUACGCAAGAUCAAGACUGGAAAUCCUAGCCAGACCUGUGAAAUGAGCAUCACGUCGCCCAUAGCAACCAACCAAGCUAUGACUCCUGACUCGUGCGCACUGCUACCUGUGCACACAGGCUGAUUAACAAACAGUGAAUAAAUCCCCAAUGAUAUCUCUGAUGCAGUCAGCGAUCAGUGUACUUUAUGAAGGCAAUACUAACAUGUUUGCUCACUCAGCAUAUCUGCUUCGCCCUGAUGCCAACUCAGAGUAAAUACCCCUGACAGGCACGUACGUAGAACCUCAGCUACUCAGCACGGCAACGCUAAUUUUGGCCUUCCGCGCCAGGAUCUUAGAUAGCGAAAUCAAACAUUGACUCGGUAAACAUUUUCUUGCCCAAUAGCAAUCAUGGCCCUGUGGAGUCCUCAACUGGGCCAGAAAGGCAGCUCGUUUGGGAACAUCCCGUCCCCUGCCCACAAUCGAUUCUCGCCGCAGAAGGUGUCCAAGUCCUGGCACAGCUCGGGUGUCGAUAUGGAGAGCAAUGGGAAUCUCCUUGACGGGACAAUCUUGGCCAGUCUGGAGUCGUUGGAGAACAACAACGUGACGAGUCAUCUCAUAUACCACUAUGCCAGCCAAAUAUUCAAUGGAUUGUCACCGGGACCUAAAUCAGACAAACUCUCCUACGAGAAGGGGCUCGAGGAGGCAAAAACUAUUCCGGUGAUCAGUGUCAAAGACUCGAAAGUUAAAAGAAAAAUCUACGAUCUUGCCUUUGAAACUUUGAAAUAUCAAGCUCUUUUGGAAGAUGUCCUCAUGGACAGUGGGUUUUACAGCUAUGAUGCAUCGGCUGGUGAGAAUCACAGUAUGAUCAUGGUGAUCCUGUGCGACAUGGUCUACCGCAAGUUCGCCAAGCGAUCCCGACGCCAGCCGGAGACCUGUAUCCCGUACGUUCAGGAGGUGGAAGAUGACAUGCUGAGGUACAACACCAAACUGAACGCCGCUCUGGCCAGGAAUCGCAUCAAGUACCAGGCUGCGAGCAUAGAGAACCUCCUACCGGCAGCGGUCAGGGAGCGGGAGAAGUGCGGGUCACAGCUGCCCUGCUUUGCCUGGAUCAAUCAGCUUUGUAUAAGUGUUCAAGAUGCAGUAGAGGAGCUGCAAGAAGAAGGGUUUAGACUGGUGAGCUCCGUAGACAGAAUGGUAGAACAUCAUUCCUUUGUAAUUGAUCACCACUGCGCCAAUGUACUCAUGUUCCCUGCCUCGGCGAGAGAAGAGAUACAAGAAAGUGAGCUGGUGAGGUCAGCCAAACUUAUUCUACAGGAUAAAACAUGCUGCUUGGGACCCCAUUCGGUGAAAGCCAUGCUGAAUGAAGGUGAUGACAUCAUUCAUACGAACGUUGGGAAUGGCUGGACCACGGCACACUUAGCAACACUGACCAAUCAGGACAACACUACCAUCUAUGCAUUCGGUAUCAAAGAUGAUGAGCAUCUGGAGAUGCUAGAAGCCAGGAUGGGAAAGCUACGCAUUCACAAUGUGAAAUUCAUCCGGGAGGACUUUCUAUUAGUGCAGCCCGAGGACAAAAAGUAUAAAGGAGUCAAGGUGAUGAUGGUAACCCCAAGGGAUUCAAGGUCAGGAAUCAUCAACCCUGUGGAGUACAUCUUACAGGAAGGAGAAGAUCCAAGUAUUCUGAGAGAACUAUCUCAAGAAGGACAAGACCUGGACAGGAUAGAUGAACUAGCUCUGGAGCACAUGGACCUCUUGAAACAUGCGUUGAAAUUCUACCGAGUCCAAGCAGUCGUCUACGCCACCACCUCCAUCAUGAAGGAAGAGAACGAGAACGUGGUCGCCAAGUCUGCCGAGUUCACCAACGGCAAGAUGAGCACCAAGAAUAACCCCUACCGGCCCGUGCCCCCGGUCCUGCCCCUCACACCGCAUGACUUUGAGGUGCAGAACUCUGGCAAGUUCCUCCGGAUGGAGCCUUCAAACGUGAUGGGUGGAUGCUUUGUGGCUAUCCUGAGCAGAGAGGAUGAGGCCAUGAGUGCCUCCGACGUGCUGGCCAGGGCUGCUGCCAAGGGCCUGUGCGAGCUGCCAGACUCCAAGGAGGAUGGGGACAAGAAGAAGCGCAAGGGCAAGGGACAGGCUGCAAACAAGAAGUCCAGACAACCCAAGACACUGGCCCAGAAGGUGGAGUUGCCCAAGGAACCCAAGCUGGGCAAGAAGAAGCCAGUCAGGACAGCCAGUGCCAUGUUUGCCCAUCAUUUCAACCGCAAGGAGUCCAAGAUGUCGACCAUGGCCCGGUCCCAGUGCAACGUGCCCGAGGCCCUCAAUAACCAACCCAGGGGCGUGCCCCUCACCCACGCCACCAUCAUACGCAUCCAAGACAAGGUGGAGGUCACGCCUAUGCAUAAGAAGGUCAUCAACCAUCCUAAACCAUUUCUCUGAAUUAAUGAUAAGUCUGUGGACCUACCUGUUCUUCUAAUUUGUAACAUUUAUGUUUCUCCUUUGCUGAUUAACCAACUCUGGGGUGUGCCCCUUACUCAAGCCAGCAUCAUCCGCAUCCAGGACAAGGUGGAGGUGACACCCAUGCAUAAGAAGGUCAUCAACCAUCCCAAACCAUUCCUCUGAAUUAAUAAUAAGUCUGUGGACCUACCUGCUCUUCAAAUUGGCAACAUUUAUGUUUCUCCUUUGAAUAUUCAACUUGGGGUGUGCCCCUUACCCAUGCCACCAUCAUCCGCAUCCAAGACAAGGUGGAGGUGACGCCCAUGCAUAAGAAGGUCAUCAACCAUCCUAAACCAUUUCUCUGAAUUAAUGAUAAGUCUGUGGACCUACCUGUUCUGCAAAUUGGCAACAUUUAUGUUUCUCCUUUGAAUAUUCAACUCGGGGUUGUGCCCCUUACCCAUGCCACCAUCAUCCGCAUCCAAGACAAGGUCGAGGUCACGCCCAUGCAUAAGAAGGUCAUUAACCAUCCCAAACCAUUCCUCUGAAUUGAUAAUAAGUCUGUGGACCUACCUGUUCUUCUUAUGGUCACUUUUGGUCAAGGGAAAUUUUUUCCAAUCAUUGUUAUCAGCAAAGGAGAAUGGAUAAUGAUAAUAGCUAGUUCUUAUAUAGUGCUUUUCAGGACCAAAGGCCCUAUCUUAUGUAAAAUUUGACCUGAUGCUAGAAAAAGUAGUCAAACUGAUCCCCAUCAACAGCAACAUGGUCAUUUUGUUCACUUUUUGGCCCUUAAUGACAAUUUGUAUUUAUUUUUGUCAAAAAUCUGGCCAAAUUUUCAGUUGAAA